GGAGCGCCGUAUAUAUAUCGCGGAGCGCAGGCUCGCACUUCGGCAGUGGUGUUGGGAGCCUCGCGGACGCGGCGCCGUUACUCGCAGUUGGGCGGCGGCGCAGGCGGCGGCACAGGGCUCAGCGCACAGCGCGCCUUAGCAGCAGCAGGAGCAGCGGAGGCACCCCCGCCGUCACAGCCCCUGCGCUGGUGCAGCCACCCUCGAUCUCUCUGCUCUUCCUCCCUUCGCUCGCACCAUGGCUGAUCAGCUGACCGAAGAACAGAUCGCUGAAUUCAAGGAAGCUUUCUCCCUAUUCGACAAAGAUGGAGAUGGCACCAUCACAACAAAGGAACUUGGAACUGUCAUGAGGUCACUGGGUCAGAACCCAACAGAAGCCGAAUUGCAGGAUAUGAUCAACGAAGUGGACGCUGAUGGUAAUGGCACCAUUGACUUCCCAGAAUUUUUGACUAUGAUGGCUAGAAAAAUGAAAGAUACAGACAGUGAAGAAGAAAUCCGCGAGGCAUUCCGAGUCUUUGAUAAGGAUGGCAAUGGUUACAUCAGUGCGGCAGAACUACGUCACGUCAUGACAAACUUAGGAGAAAAACUAACAGAUGAAGAAGUAGAUGAAAUGAUCAGAGAAGCAGAUAUUGAUGGAGAUGGACAAGUCAACUAUGAAGAAUUCGUACAGAUGAUGACUGCAAAAUGAAGACCUACUUUCAACUCCUUUUCCCCCCUCUAGAAGAAUCAAAUUGAAUCUUUUACUUACCUCUUGCAAAAAAAAAAAAAAUUCAUUUACUCAUUCUGUUUCUAUAUAGCAAGACUGAAUGUCAAAAGUACCUUCUGUCCACACACACAAAAAAUCUGCAUGUAUUGGUUGGUGGUCCUGUCCCCUAAAGAUGAAGCUACACAUCAGUUUUACGAUAUAACUCCUUGUACUACCUUAACGAUAAGGAAGCACUUGGUGGACUCCUUGCAGGUCCAUUUGCUAAUAAGUAAUACACUGUUUGGGCUGGCCGGUUUUUCAUGCAUGCAGCUUGACAAUUGAGCAGAGUCAGGCAUUUGUAUUAAAACAAGAAAAACGAAAAAACAAAUUCAAAACCUAUUCAAAUGGGUUCUAGUUCAAUGUGUUAGUAUAAAUCGUCAUAGCUGGUUUACUGAAAACAGACAUAUUUAAAAUUGGUUUACCUCAGGAUGCUGUGCAGAAAAAUGGGUGAAGGAUAAACUGUCUAGACAGAGCCCCACUAGCAGGAUGGUCCUCUUGUACUUCCGUGUGCCCUGACCCGUGGUGACGAUGACACCCUGGUGGCAUGCCUGUGUGUUUUGGUUUAGCAUUGUCUGCAUUGCACUAGAGCGAAGUGGGUGUCAGGCUGUCACUGUUCACACAAAUUUUUAAAAACAAACUUUUACCAAGGGAGCAUCUUUGGACUCUCUGUUUUUAAAACCUUCUGAACCAUGACUUGGAGCCAGCAGAGUAGGCUGUGGCUGUGGACUUCAGCACAACCAUCAACAUUGCUGUUCAAGAAAUUACAAUUUACGUCCAUUCCAAGUUGUAAAUGCUAGUCUUUUUUUUUUUUUUUUUUUCCAAUAAAAAGACCAUUAACUUAAAGUGGUGUUAAAUGCUUUGUAAAGCUGAGAUCUAAACGGGGACAAGGAAGUCAGAGGGGAGGCCAGUGCGCCUUUAAAUGCCCACAGCCCAGCAUUGGGUUUCCCUCCCUCCCUCCUGAUAUCCUAGCACCAACCUCUGAGCCUGAGACCUUGCCUAAAACCAAGCAGAUAAUAAUUGCUUCAUCAUAUCUCUGGACAUGUAGGUCUACUUGUGUUUUCACCGGGGUGGGGGGUGGUGGGGGGUGACUCUUGGUAACUUAAUGAUUAUUCAGGCAGUAGAGCUCUUAAUGAAGGAAAAAAACCACUUUCUCUCAAGCAUGUAUUUAGGGGUUCUUCUCAGUCGUGCUGCUGAUUACCUGUUUUAUGUAACUACUUGAGACCAUCUGUGCAAGAGACAUGAUUUAGUGUGUCUGUAAUUCAAUCCUCGCUGUGUGUGGUAGAAGCAGUAGUCACUUUUCUAAGCCAGUCUCUUCAUGCCUAGAAGACACUACCACUCACUCUUUGAUUCACGAUUUUUAAUUUAUGAUUUUAUUUACCUUAGCCUCCUUUUACCUUUUUUAAGUUGACUUGACGUUGCUUUCUUCCUCUAAGUGGAACUAAUGCUAGCCCCUAGCUUGAAAGUAAAACUCCAGCCCAGAGGGAGUUGUCUGAUUAUAAACCUGUAACCCAAACUAAGAGAUCCUGGUACUGGUCUUUGCAGUGGGAUUGGUCCACUUAAAAAGCCCCCUUGCAGGCAUAUUGCGUUUAGUGCGGAACUCUCUGAAGUGAAGGCUGGAUGUGCAUCUUUCAGGGUGUUAACUGGUUUUAUCUUACUAGCAAGGAGAUUUGGGUUCUGAGUGUUUGUGUGGGAGGUUUUAAUUUGCCAGGGAACAGUGGCAGGUUGCUAGCGAAGCAGCAAGAAGCUCUUGGCAGCCAAAUGGGUGCAUUCAGGGCUGAUUUAUAGAGACCCUUGGCUUCUCCCUCUCCUACUCCCUGUCUUUCUGGCAUUUUGCAGCUUGAUGGAUUUCCUGCCAGAGGGGUGGGUCAGAGCAGUGGAGAGGAGCCCGCCCAUCCGCCUCUGCUGCUGGCCCUUGGGCCGGGUGGUUGGUAGAAGAGAGGUUGACGUCAUGAGCUAGGGUUGGUUUUCAUAAUUCCCUGAGUCUGGAAGGAACACCUAAGGGUACCUUGGGGGUUCUUCCUGUGAGAUAGGGAGGACUGAGGGCACCUGGUUAAAAUAAGUUAACGACCUGGAUGUUUCUUACAGGGAAGUCAAGUUGCCUGACUGUUGACCCAGUCUCAGGCCUGCGGCUGAGGACCUUCUGGUAGUUUCAAAGAGGGUUGGGGGUGAUUUGACUUGUUUUUGAAAGCUGCCUUCUAUCUUACCCUCUCACCAAGUCUUUUUCUAGAAGCUGAGUGGACUCCACUUUAGUGGUCCCACAGUCUUUCCUAAAAGACUACCUUUGAAACCAGAUUCUUGUGUGGCCAGGAUCCUGCAUGGGAACCAGAAACCUUUCCUCCCGGGAAUGCUGAGUUCCAGUUUGGUGCAGAGGUGAAGUCGAUUCCACUGUGGCCUUUUCCUCUGGCCUUUGAGGGGACGACCAGCCCGGGGGCCAGGUGUCCGUGUGAGUUUGUGGGAGGAAAUGGUGGAUGCUGUGGCAGGGCAGUACUCUUCGGUUGGUUAGCACCUUCCUGUAAACUCGUGCCCCUACUUCUAACUGCUCUAUAAAUAUAUACAUAUAUUUAUAUAUAUAAAGUGAUUAGUUUAACUGGCAUCCUGCUUGACUUGCCAUAAAAAACUGCUGAGUACUUGGCAAACACUUUUCCUAGUUUUGUUCUCCAUCUGUUUGGGGUAGAUGUUGAGUAAGACAAAUGUAUCCUGGUGUUUCAAAUGGGCUCUUGAAGCACUGUUGCCAAGGAAGGCUUUUUCUGAUUUUUUGACAAAUGAAUUUUUGCACACUUUAAUUGGUGUCUUUCGGCAACUUAAACACGUUGAAAAUUAGCUACUGUACAUAUUUUUAUAUUCUCUUUAUAAAUGCAUGUCUGAUUGUACUUGUAACCACAUAGUAACGAGUGGCUGUCCAGUAGGCCUAGUGCCACUGUGGCCCAUCAGAGUAGCAGUGUAUUAUUGGCCCCUCAGUAUACUGGGAACUUCUUCCUAAACAAAGAAUGUAAAUUUGGUCAAGUCUGCUCUUUGUUCAAUUAUUUUAAACAUCUGAAUUAAUGUAUAUCCUAAAUACAUUUAUCCUUUUGGCAGUGACUAGAUUUCCACGAAUGCGUCUUAAUCUAUCCCUCCAGC